UGAUCAUUAUUUUUGGGAUCCAUAUCAUCCCUUGUUACUGACACCUCUUGUUUGCUGCGUCCGAUCACGAUACCUCCUACCAUGGGUACCUUUUGUUCCAAGUUGGAACUCCCACCGUCGUCACCCAAGAGUCAUAUACGCCAUCAGCCUUCAACCGAUGAUAAAUUAGCUCGGUCCAAUAACGAAAAGCAGGUGACAACGCUGGUGAAAAUUCCACCAAUGGCUAACUGGCCCACCCAACCCAACCUGGUCACUGACCUGGACAUCAGUCGCCGAUCGUCCAUGAGAACGGAAGACGAUUUCAUGGAUGGCGCAUCGAUUCGCAAAAUGAGCAACGCCUCCGCUUCAACUGGUAGCACUCAGGUGGAAGAGCACUUCCACUACCACAGACUCAGCUACCAACAGAGUGCAGACAAGGAGUAUUUCCCUGUGGAGAUGACCACUGGGGGGGAUACGCUGGAGUCCACUAUUUUGUCUGAUUUCAGCUGGAUGCAAAGACCUACCAACACGUUCCCUGUCCCUUCCGGCAAGCAGCAGACGAACAAAGAAAAUGUCAUCCAUUACAUUAUGCGAUAUGUAAUGAACGGAUUUCACACUGCGCCGUUACAGCCGCGGUCUAGUGGCGUUGGAAGAAUCUUGGACAUUGGCUCAGGAUCAGGAAUAUGGGCUAUCGAAAUGGCUACUGCUUAUCCGCGUUGUGAAGUCGUUGGUAUCGAUCUUUUAUGCCCUGGAAUAGGCCAUGACAAUAUACCUGAAAAUUGCAGUUUUAAAACAGUGGAUGUUUUGGCUGGUCUUCCGUUUGAAAAUGAAUCAUUCGACUAUGUAUUUGUACGAAAUAUGACUCUCGAACUUAGCGAGAAUAGCUACAGAUCUCUCAUCAAUGACAGCUAUCGAAUACUAAAGCCAGGGGGAUAUCUAGAAAUUGCUGAGCCAGAUGUCGAGCUUAAAAACUCUGGGCCCGUCACUCGUAGAUUUCUUAACUUAUAUGCCAAAGCGUUCGAGUGCAUUGGUAUAAACGCUCAGCUAGCACACUGUCUACCAUCGCUCAUCAAUACAUCUUGGUUUGCUACACAGGCGUCUUCAGCAUGCACGUGGACUGUGGCUAUCCCAGUUGGCAAGCGAUGGAAAAGUUGCAUUGCUAGACUUUUGGCGUUAUAUCUACUAUCAGAAUUUCGAUCCUGCAAAAAUAUGGUGUGUUCGGUUGCAGAAUUGUCCGAAGAAGACUAUGAUGAUGUGAUGUUGGCGGUAAAGCAGGAGCUACUCUCCGUAGUCGAUACACACAUCAUUUGGCGGACUGUCUUAGCUCACAAAGAAGAUUCCACUGCCAAUUGUGGACGCGGUUUCCACAUGAAUCCUAGAACCGUGAUGGAUAAAUAGAAUCGACUACCUUCUAUAGACUUACAACAUCAUACUAGUACUGUCUUUUAUUGUAAAAAUGUCAACAUCAAUUACUAAGUGUUAAUUUUAAAUUUGUUAUUAAAUUUUAGCUGUAUUUGCCGCCCUAUUAGUCGAUGG